AACCCAACCCAACUUGAAUCGAAUGCGUUUCACCGACUAUACUCGGAUGGUUUUCACACGAUUUGUGCCCGUAUGAAACAAUUCUUGGGAGAAUCUCCAUCGCGGACGGUUUGUGACACAGUGAUGUGAAUUACAACAUUUUUUUUCCAUCUGACAACAUUCGAAAUACACGUGCGACCCGGUAUCUGGCGCGUUCUUUUAUUUAUAAACACAACGUCCGCAACACUACCAAGAUUUUUAGGUGUAAACAGAUGUAGUGUUUUGUGAUUUUUCGUGUUGCGAUGUUCCAGUGCAUUAUUCAACAGAAAAACGGUUGGAUUCAUGCCGAAACCAAAGACGUGUUUCCAGAUAUCAGACUCCAAUUAAACGAACAAUUAAGAUGCUUAGAUCUCCGAAUGGAGGCCCAGGUGGCCUUGGUUACCGAAUUGCAAGAUUUCUUUCGAAGAAGGGGAGAAUUAGAACUGGAUUACUCGAAAAAUUUGGAUAAACUAGUGAAAAGUAUACAAUUGAGACAUAGGGAACAAAAACAAAAAAGGGAACAGUGGCCUCUAUUUUCAAGCUACACAUGUUGGCAACAACUGGUUGACCAAACCAAAAAUUUAAGUAAGGAUCAUGUUGCCUUAUCCGAGGUUUACUCAACACAUUUAGUCGCUAGGUUGUCACAAGUGAUGGAUGAUGUCCAACGAAUCUACAAAAAAUGCCGAGAAAUUGGCUAUGAAACGCACGAGGAAAUAUUGAGAGUCCUACACGAGUUGCACACGACAAUGAAAACAUAUCAUAGUUACCAGGCGGAAUUAAGACAAGCUGAGGGUAAACUGAGGCUUGCUGAGAACCAGAGGAAUAAACUGGAGCAGUCACUGUCCCAAGAUAAGUUGGACAGGUCGAAGAAAUAUAAAAUGAUGGAAAAAGAAGUACAAAAGCGCAAAAGCAAAUAUACAGAUGCCAAGGUGAAGGCGCUGAAGGCGAGAAACGAAUACAUUUUAUGCUUGGAAGCAUCCAAUACAACAAUCCAUAAAUAUUUCGUUGACGACUUAUCAGAUCUCAUUGAUUGUAUGGAUUUCGGAUUCCACAACUGCAUAUCACGUGCGCUUAUGAUGCACGUCACGGCCGAAGAGGGAAGACAAAAAUCGGUACAGCAUGGACUGGAACAAUUGACGAAUUGCAUCAAUUCCCUAGAUUCCAGGCUGGACAAACAGAAAUUCUUGGAGUACAACCAUAGCGCCUUCAUGAUACCGAAAAAACUGGAAUUCCAGGGACAAAAGACCGAUGAUCCGCCAGAGCCGGAGAUUCAGAAAGUACUUCAUCAGGAGAUGGAAAGCAGACUUUCUCAGCUCCAGAAACGGGUGACGUCUCUAAGGGCUGAAUCCGAGGAAGUGUGGAAGACUUUGGAAACAGCGGAAUUCACACUGUUGGAAAUGCUGAACGCUAAAGAUUACGACUGCAGCGGUUACUUCGGUGAUAAUGCCGUGCCUACCAAUAAGCCACCCGAAACUUUAUCGAUGAAACAACGAUCUGAUCGACAGGAAACCGAAGAAUUUUACCUCACCAAAUUCAGGGAAUAUUUAUUAGGCUCUACUAGGAUAGCUAGAUUAGAUUCGAAACAGGAGUACAUCAGGGGUUCGAUGUUAUCCGAAACGCCAGAUUUCUGUAACUCGCUGAAGCCGGUCGUCAAAACGCCGAGGCGAAAACGUAUUGGUAGACUUCAGAUGAACGGACAACCUAAAUUGUUCGGCGGAUCUUUGGAAGAGUAUCUGGAAGCCACCAAUCAAGAGAUUCCCAUAAUUAUGAAAUCUUGCAUAAGAGUAAUCAAUCUUUACGGACUACACCACCAGGGUAUAUUCAGGGUAUCUGGUUCACAAGUGGAGAUAAAUAAUUUCAGAGAAUGGUUUGAGAGGGGCGAAGAUCCUCUCGCAGAUAUGACAGAUGCUUCUGACAUCAAUAGUGUCGCAGGAGUACUGAAAUUGUAUCUUAGGGAGUUGAGAGAGCCUCUGUUUCCGAUUAUAUAUUUCGAACAAUUCAUGGAAUUAGCACAAUUAGAAUCCAAGAGAGAAUUCAUAAGUAGAAUGAAAGAACUCAUUAUGAGUUUGCCACGCAGCGUUGUGAUAGUAAUGAGAUAUUUAUUCGCAUUUUUGAACCAUUUAUCCGAAUUUUCCGAUGAGAACAUGAUGGACCCUUACAACCUGGCCAUAUGUUUUGGACCAACGUUAGUGCCGGUGCCUGAUGAUAAGGAUCAAGUGCAAUAUCAGAAUCAAGUCAAUGAACUCAUCAAAAAUAUCAUCAUGUAUAAUGAAGAUAUUUUUCCGAAUGAUGAGGGUAUUGUCUAUGAGAAGUAUAUUUCACCUGAACCCGAUGAUCAGGAUGUUGGUGAUUCUCCAUCGGAUCAAGCACAAGAAGAUCUCUAUUCGGAAGUUUAUCCUUCAGAAGAUGCAUUGAUUUCAGAUUCUGAAAACUUGGAGGCCACCGCCCAAUUUGAUUUCAUAGCAAGAUCGCACAGGGAACUGUCCCUUAAGAAGGGCGAUGUUGUCACGCUCUACUGUCAAGUUUCCAACGAUUGGUGGAGAGGAUGUGUCAAUGGACAAGAGGGUCUUAUUCCUGACAAAUACAUAUCUCUCAAAAUGAAAGAUGAAGAUCGAGAUAAGUUGGAGAAUCUGAAGUCCAGUUCAUCAGAAGAAUCGAUGAGAAGAAGGGCCUCAAGCUCCAAUGAUUCAGUCCUAUCCGAGAGUUCCAUAUCAGCAGCCAAUUCGCCACUAGUACAUUGUGCCCCAGUGACUUGGACCAACGUAUCUGAUCUCACUGAAUCAAUUUCUAUCGAUCCAAAUUCUUCGGCAGUGACUAUAACUCAGUCAAGAGAGAAGGGCCAUAAAAGAUUGAAUUCUUCGGAACACGCAGAAUCUCGCGCUUCUGUUAAAACCGACGAAUGUAUUCAGCACCACACGACCAUCAAUGUGAAUCAGGCAACUUCUCAGCCACAAACCAUCACUAUCAAUGGCUCUGCGGUGACUGUUACAAAACCAAACGACAAAGAGGAAAACAAAGACGCGGAUAUCGAUGAAUCGGUGACCAUACGUAACGUUGUUAAGGCGGACGGUGAGAUUGACGAGAGUGACGUGAAUUUUUCUCAAAACCGCGAACUUUGGCAGAGGCGUGCGAAUUCCCAGUCCAACAUACAAAUUCCUAGCGGAUUGAAAGUGAACAGGCAUUCGGAAUCGUUCGUUCAAAGGCAAAAUCAUACUCCGGAUUUGGUUAUGGAUCUACCUCUGUUGGGGAACUGCAGUCCGAAGGAAAUCGCCAAGAAAUCUGUUUACGUUUCUUCCACCAUUGACGCGGGAGAAGGUGAGAAAACUAUGGAAAGCCCUCCUUCCCUUGACAGUCCAGAAAUGCAAACUGCGGCCGAGAGGUUCGCCAAACAGAAUCAGUGCACCCUCAAGAAGAACACCAAGGUGCAUAUAGAUAAUACCGAUAUGAUAACCAUAACAAGCCCCAUGCCGGAUAGAAAAUACGCAACAAUUUCUGGAAACCUCCCCACAACCACUUUCAAACCUCAGAUAAAAGCCAAACCCCCCGUUCUGAAGAAACCAGCAUUCGCAGUUCCUCUCCCUGCUUUAGCUGCUGAAUGCGACAAGGAGACAAACCCAACAUGAGCUGCGAAAAUCUCAAUUUUAUUGUUAAGCCCUAUUUUAAACGGCCGAUAAUUUCGAACAAGUUUGUUGAAUUCAUUUUUAAGAUGGUACGUAUUUUUGUCCUCUAAAUUUUGAUUUUUCGUUUUUACAUAUAUCUAAUUUUGUUUAUUAGUGAGCUUAUGAAUGAAAUUGACUGCUUCAACAUCGAACUGAUAAUAUUGAAUAAUUGAAAAUGGCGUGGACCAAUUCAGUUGCCACAAAUUUUUUUGCAUCGUAGGGUGUUAUUGAAGUUUCAUCGAUUUGAUCAACUGGAAUAUUUUUGAUAUUUUUAUAUUGAUAUUUACAUUGAACGGUGGAACGAAGAAGAUCGCUGUGUUGGUAAUUGCGACAUCAUGCGUUUAUUUAAUUCGGACGUUAGAAUGCUCCUAAACGGUAAAAUUCAAUUUUGCCAGCAUCAUUUUAACUGUGCUGACUGGCAUCAUCACUAUUUUCAUAUAGCAUCUCGCUCAUAUAGAAUUCCUCGGAAUUAUAGUUCAGUAAACAAAGUGUUUCUCAACUAUCUACAUAAUCAACUUAUUUCCUUCUUCCUAUCUUCAAUGAAACGUUUUUUCCAGAAUUAUUUUUUUUUUAAUCUUCAUUAAUUCUACUGAAUGCAAAAUUUUUAUGAUGGGUUGAUUGCACUUUUUUCAAAGAAAACCAAUUGAUAUUAGUUUAUGAUUUUUUAUUGUAAAUAUUCGUUGUAUUUUUAUUCGAAUCAUAUUGAAUUUUAGUUUUGAUUUCUAAAUUAUAAUGAUCAGUCUGUACAGAUUUUUUUUUCGAUUAAUUUAAAUUGCGAUGGUCCUAGAGACAUGACAUUAUAUCAACGUUUUUUUUUCUGGAAAUAAUCAGAUGGAUAUAUUUCACAUCACAUUGACAAAAUACAUCCUGAUUUAUUAUUGUCUAAGCGGCCAGGAUGCAUUUUUCUAUUCUUUCAUAAUUGUAUCCAACCUUCGAAUAUUUACGAAAUGAAUAUCGUGGAUAUUUUCAGAAGCUCCAAAUUUUUAAAUAAACUACUUUUAUCAGGAGCUAGUCUUAUAUUUAUGGAUGUUCAUAUCUCAAUAUAGUCUUAAUCAAUAAAUCUACCCUGUAGCCUCUUGAAUACCAACGAAAUACUUAUGAAUCCUCAAGAAUUUGUUCUUGCUUCUUCUAUUGGCCUCAAAUAAAUAUGAACACAAAUAUAUUCAUUAUACUAUAUGAAUCCUACGUCUUGACCAUGGUGCUUAUCAAUGAUAUUUUAUGUUUAUCAUAUUGACGUUUUAAGCUUUUGUAUGUUGUGAUCAUCUUGUAACCAAAGUUCACUGAUGGUAAUAUUUGUGACAAUAUAAUAACAUUUUGAAACGAAUCUUGGUAAUAUUGAAUGGUCGAUAUUUUAGAAUGGUGCCCAUUGAUGUUAUUUGUUCUCAAUUUUUCAAUAGAUAUAAUCUUUGUAUUUAUAGUUUUGUAUAUUUUACAAGAAAUUAAUUUCUAAGACUGAUAUUCCAUAGCAGUUAGGUAGAGAUAUUCUAAUGUUUGACAAUUGAAGGGGUUAAUAAUGACUAAUCAAGUAGUGAAUCCCCGUUGCCAAUUUUUCAAUCAACACAAGACGAAAAACGCCAAAUAUAAUAUUUACAUUAUUAUAGACCCAAAAUUUGCUGAUGAAGGGUUGAACUUAUGAUCUAAAAAAAUGCUCCAAUUUUUUAUACCUAAAAAGCCUAAAGUAUUAAAUGACAUAUUAGUCACUUAUUGUCUCGGUGUUCAAAUACAAAUAUCCCAUUUUUUAUUAUUAUUUACGGUCUACAUAAAAUGCUCCACAUGAUUUCUUUCCUCAAUAUUUUGUUAGAUGUUCUAUUGGUUUUUCAUUCACAAUGAUUAUUCUAUAUUAAUGAACUUUUUAAUGCCUUAUGAAGGGAGUGAACAUUUUUAGAUAAGUUGUGAUUCGAUUUUAUAAUUCUAAAUAUUCGUAAGGCAAGAAAGAAUCUCAGAAUAGAUGUGGUGUCUUUCAUAUUUAGUGCAGAGAAGCUGUGAAGAUAUUGUCUAAAUAUUAUUAUGUACAAUGUAUACUCAUGAAGAAAAUGAUAAUAUAAUAAUUACUACCUA